AGUACUGCCUGAUUCCUCGCCGGCCGUUAAUAUUUUGCGCUUGCGCUCUUGCUGCACGCUUUCUCUGUGCUCGAAUUGCCAUGGAGCUAUGCCAUUCUCUGGACUCAGGACUGGUUCUUGUCGCACCGCAAAUGGUGCACGUACUAUCUGUCGCAGCUUACAUGGUCGGCCAUAACUGACGUCUCGCGUUGCGCCGGGGCAUUGUUCGUUGUAAGUGGUCAUCCCUGCUCUAUCCCGUCUCACACGCUUACACUUUCCUAACUCUGUCCGUGCCAUCUCGAGAUCUUGUGCGUUGUGUUCACUCUCCAGUUCGCUGGUGGCCGUACUCGCCUGGGCCCUGGGCCGCAGUGGGCGUAUCUACUACUUGCUUCUCGCGGUAAUCGCCGCGAGCACGUGCUUAGCUGCCGUUUAAAGGGCGGUGAUAUGCCUCUAGGUCCCUUCACCGACGUCUUUGGCGACCAUGGAUAUGUCUAUGUCGAUGUCUAUGAGUUCCACCGCCUCGGCCUCCAUGGCCUCGUCUACCUCCAGCUCGAUGGACAUGAACGACAUGAUGAUGAUGGUCCCCUACCUUCAUUUCACCGGAGGCGAUAACCUCUUCUUCAAGACGUUGACUCCUUCCUCACACGGCGCCAUCGCGGGCGCAUGCAUCGUACUUGUUGCCCUUUGCAUCUGCGAGCGGUGGUUCGCGUCUGUGCGCAGCCGUCUGACGGCUCACUGGCGGCAGAGGGCCCUGGCUAUCGCAACAAACAAGGACAACAACUGCGAGACGUCCGGGGUGUCGACGCCGACUUGCGACGUGGAAGAGGUCAAUAUCAACAACCUGUCCGUCAAGUAUGCCGGGCCCGUGUUCGUCAAUCGUUGUGCCUCCCGCACCAUCGAGCCCUUCAUCCUAUCGCAUGAUCUCCCCCGGGGCGUUCUCUACGCCUUUCAGGCGUUCCUGGCCUACACGCUUAUGCUAGCCGUCAUGACCUUCCAGGCGGCCUACAUCAUCGCUAUCAUCGUUGGCCUGGGUCUGGGCGAAGUUUCCUUUGGCAGAUUGGGAAACGGUGACAGCCACUUGCUUCACUGAGUGGUCCCGGGAUCGGCGAGAGCAUCGGUUGGCUUGUGCUCAUAACCAGGCAAACGCCUCUGGAAGUCCCUCUUACACACAUGCAUCCCUCCUUCGUCCGUUUCUUCGCUCCCUCGAAUGUAGCAGCAUCCUGAUGUCCCGUCCCAAUUUAUGUUCGUUACACGAUGUUUGAGUCAAUGUCAGUGCCACCAAUAGUUGUGCGUCUGAGUACCGCCGCGGUAGUUUGAAACGUGUGCCACCAUUUCGUCAUGAAAGACAGCUCGUUGGCCAAUUUGAAUGUGGCAAGUGCAAGUCUAUCGGUGCCUG